AUGCGUUCUUCAAUCGCUUUACUCAUCGCUUCAGCUUCAGCAGCUGUCUUGAUCGCAACUCCCGCUCGUGCUUAUGACUUCCGUCAAUUGGUAAAGUAUAGCCACCAAGAAUACCCCACCUCAAGUGACUUCUGUGAUGCAUGGGAUACAGCAUGCAAAGAAUACGUUCCAAAAGAUCAAUCGCUCAAAUACGGUUAUUCGGUUUGCGAACCUGGAGAUUAUCACGGUAAACAUGCAAAGACAGAAGCAAAAGUUGCUUGCGUCUUCUUACACAAUGGCGAUGAACAUGAACCACAAUCUAUCAACCAUCACAUCGCAGCAAAGGUUCAUGCAACUUAUUUGAGCGAUAAUGAUGCUUGA